AUGGCGGAUUAUGAUGGUGGCGUUCUAGCUGUUGGAAUAAAUGUAGAUAUACAGAGAACAGAUGGUCGUGUACAUUCGGCUAUUGUGAGUGGUAUUAAUCCCAAUACAAAAAGUGUGACAGUAGAAUGGUAUGAAAAAGGAGAAGCUAAAGGAAAGGAGAUAGAAUUGGAAGCAAUCCUUCAAUUGAACCCGAAUUUAAGAUAUUCAUGUCCCAUCGUAGAUAAUGUUUAUGGGAAUGCUGAUAUCAGUCGAAACAAUUUAGUUAAAGAAGUUCCGAAUUCCUCACACCGUCCCGGAGUCAAUCUUCCUACUGAUAUACGGCAGUCUCAAAAUUCUGUUCCUGUGGCGGCUUCUGCUUCUGUUCUCGCUCCAUCUAGUAACAAAGUUAACGCCACUCAAAUAGAAUACUCAUCUAGUAAUCAACCUCGUUUGAUUGCCCCAUCAACACGCGUUCCUGUCCCGUCUUCUCGUGUGCCUAUUGGCCAUGUUCCCACUCGCUCUACAACAAUAUCUGCCUAUGAUGACCGUACAAAUAACUCUUCUCGAUCUCAAGCUCCUCUCCCGGUACAUAAUUCUGUGGAUAUUAGUCACACUCACAAUGAAGGAUUCCGUUAUAAUGUACAUCAACAUCGUGCAAUUUCUGAUGAGCCAAUGGAUGAAGAUCUGGAACCAUCAGAAUCUGUUCAACUGGACCUCAAUGAUUAUAAUCAUGUGACCAGUAUGUUACGGGAACCUGAAAAUAAUACUUUACUCACUGAACGGAUGGAACAGGAUAUCGGUGAUGUAAUUGAAGAUAACCUUCAAUCAGGAAUAAUCAAUGGGAACCGUGGCUUUGCAGGUGAUGCUUCUCGCCGUCUGAUAGGUCGCGCAAAUUCUAAUUUAGGCGCACCUAUUGUAAAUAGUACAUUGUCUGCACUGAAUGCAAGUUCACCUACUACUGCUCCUGGUGUUAACGCUGGUGCCGCAGGUGGUAGUGGAACUCUACGCAAGUCUAAUUGUGUGAAAGUAAUCGAGCGAAUACAACAGCGACGUGAAGAACGACGUGCUGCCCAGAAAGCAGUUCGUGAUCAAAUUGAUUUAGACCCAACCAAUCCUAGUUAUGAGUUUCAUAUGAUGAUUCAUGAAUAUCGAAAUACAUUGGAAUACAGACCCUUAACCAAUACAGAUUUAAUAGAAGAUCAUCAAAUAGGUGUUUGUGUACGUAAACGUCCUAUGAACAAAAAAGAACUUGGCCGUCGUGAAAUUGAUGUGAUCACAGUCCCGAAUAAACAACAUGUACUUGUCCAUGAACCAAAAACUAAAGUUGAUCUAACGAAAUAUCUUGAAAAUCAACAAUUCCGUUUUGAUUAUGCAUUUGAUGAUACAUCGGAUAAUGAACUUGUGUAUCGGUAUACUGCAAAACCUUUAGUAGAAUGUAUAUUUCAGCGUGGCAUGGCCACAUGCUUUGCUUAUGGUCAAACAGGAUCUGGGAAAACACAUACAAUGGGUGGUGAAUUUCAUGCUCGUGGUCAACAAAAUUGUUCUAAUGGAAUUUACGCCUUAGCAGCUGCUGAUGUCUUCGAUUUGAAUACAACUACGUAUAGGAAUGAGAAUCUUCGAAUUGUUGCAACAUUUUUCGAAAUAUACAGUGGGAAAGUUUUUGACUUGUUAAAUAAAAAAGCCAAACUUCGAGUUCUGGAAGAUGCUAAAGGUCAAGUUCAAAUAGUUGGAUUACGUGAAGAAGAAGUGAAUUCAGUUGAUUGUGUUUUAAAACCUCUACAACAUGGUGCACAUAUUCGAACUAGUGGUCAAACAUCAGCUAAUCAACAUUCUAGUCGUUCGCAUGCUGUCUUUCAAUUGAUUUUAAAAAAACAAUCUACGGGGAAAAUUCAUGGUAAAUUUUCACUUAUUGAUUUGGCCGGUAAUGAACGUGGUGUGGAUACAAGCGCUGAAAUUAAUAAAAGUCUUUUAGCUUUAAAGGAAUGCAUUCGUGCUCUUGGUCGGCGUGGUGCACAUCUACCUUUUCGUGCGAGUAAAUUAACUCAAGCUGAUCGUGUGAAAGAACUUGGACCAGGAACUUUGUCAGCAAGUAACAGUAAUACUGAUCUACCAGCAAAUGGUAAUACUAAUCAACCACAGUUAUCAUCUCGUAGUUCAAAUUGUACUGUUGCUGGAGGCACGGUGCCUCCUCAAAUCAACUUUCGGAAUCCUCCAAGUACUAAUAUAGGGACAAGCGGGAAUAUCUUGUCGAAAAAUUAUUACCCUUCAUCCAAUAAUAAUGAUUUUAGUAAUAACAACUGGCAGAAUGAUACAUUAACAAAUAAUCAUGUUAAUUCAAUUGCUGGCGGUGACGGUGAUUUAGCUAUGCUUCGAUCAGCUAAUGAAGGUGAAGUACCUGAGGAAGUUCUUCAUUUUCAUGAAGUUAUCGAUCAGAUUGAACGCAUGGAAGAAGAAAUUUGCGAUGAUCACAAAGCUGUUUGUCAUUCUAUGAGCGAUUGGACUAAAGAACAUUAUUCUUUAUACAAAAUAUCAAAUCAAGUGGAAUUCGAUGUUGAAGAAUAUAGUGCUCGUUUAGAAUAUCUACUUAGCAAAGAAAUUAAAAUUUUAUCCUCUUUAAAAGAUAAAGUGACAUUAUGGCGCCGUGAUCGAAGACAAGAAGAAGAACUAAGCACUAAUUCACAACGAAAUCUGCAAUAA